CACAAGCAGGUCAGGAGGACCGCACGGAAAGGGAGGGGCGCCAAGCCUUUCGGAGCCGCCGCAAGAGCUGCGAGCCGCCACCAGAGCGGGAGAGGAGCUCGCUCAAGCCCCGUCACAGCGAGGGCGAGAGGCUCCCUCGCAGGCGGCACCGGAGGCGUCUCGGCGUCCUUCCUCCAGGUGGUUCAGCCGCAGAAGGGAGAGGGGAAGCGUGUGGCUCCCGGAGUCCGGCCCAUUGGUGGGACAGGGAGCAAGGAAGGCAGAUGCUAAGGACCCGGCCGCUGAACAGCUGCGCCCUCGCCUUCAGCACUGAAGGUGGACUCCAAUCAAGGUGUAGAGAUAUGCCGGCAACAAUCAAGGGAAAUGGGAGACAUCUGAGGAUAAAUCUGCAGUUAUGAACCUUUUUGCUACUUCUCCCUUUGGGAUUAUAUUAUUCCUGUCUACCUUGGUACAGAAGAGCAAUGGCAAAUGUAAAGAAGCAGGUUCAAAGCCAGAGAUGAAUUUGAGCAUCCAAUACCAACUUCCAUAUUUCAUUGCGGAAACCCCAAUACAAAAUAUUAUUCUCUACAGACAGCACCUGUAUGUAGGUGCAGUCAAUAAAAUCUAUGUCUUAAAUGAAACUCUUCACAAUGUCUAUGAAUACAAGACUGGUCCUGUUCUGGAGAAUCCAAGUUGUGCUCCAUGUGAUGAAUGUAAGCCUAAAGGAAAUCAAUCUGAUAUUUGGAAAGAUAACAUUAACAUGGCUCUACUCUUUGAAACAUACUACGAUCAUCACCUUAUCAGCUGCGGUAGUGUGGCCAAAGGAACCUGUCAGCGCCAUGUCAUUUAUCCUGAUAAUCCUGCUGACAUUGGAAGUAGAGUACACUGCAUGUAUUCCAAACUGAUGGAUGAGGAAUCAGAUGAGUGUCCCGACUGUGUCGUAAGCCCCUUAGGAACCAAAAUUUUGGUGGCAGAAAAAGAAAGAUUUGUAUAUUUCUAUGUUGGCAAUACUAUAAGUAAUUCACCCCAGCAGGACCAUUUGCUUCAUUCAAUAUCUGUUCGAAGAUUAAAAGAAACACUGGAUGGAUUUGAGUUCCUCACAGCUUACUCUUACAUUGAUAUUCUUCCAGAAUUCAGGGAUUCAUAUCCCAUCAAGUAUGUUCAUGCAUUUGAAAAGGACCAUUUUGUGUACUUCCUUACCGUUCAAAGAGAAUCUCUUGACUCCCAAGCUUUUCAUACAAGGAUUAUACGGUUUUGCUCUGUUGAUUCUGAGUUGCAUUCAUAUGUGGAAAUGCCCCUUGAAUGCAUUUACACUGAAAAACGUAAGAAGAGGUCAGCGAAGAGGUCAAAUGAGGUAUUUAAUAUUUUACAGGCUGCAUAUAUUGGUAAGCCAGGUGCAACCUUAGCCCAGCAAAUGGGCCUUAAUAUGAACGAUGAUAUUUUAUUUGGUGCUUUUGCCCAAAGUAAACCAGACUCUUCAAUCCCAACUCCUAAAUCUGCUGUCUGUGCAGUUUCUAUCAAAACCAUCAAUGAAUUCUUUGGCAAGAUUGUAGACAAACAAAACAUGAAAUGUCUGCAGCAUCUCUAUAAGAAGAACAAUAAAUACUGUCUGAACAAGACUUUUUCAAGAAAUAUCUCUUACUGUGGAGCUCAAGAUGAUGAGUAUCGGGUGGAGGUUACUACAGCUUUGCAGCGAAUUGACUUAUUCACACAGCAAUUCAACACUAUCCUCUUAACUUCUAUAUCUGUCUUCAUUAAAGGGGAUCUUACUAUAGCAAAUCUUGGGACAUCUGAAGGACACUUUAUGCAAAUAGUGAUCUCUCGUUCUGAACACACAACACCUUACAUGAAUUUCCAUUUAGAUUCUCAGCCUGUUUCUUCAGAGGUUAUCAUUGAGAAUUCUCUAGGCAAUGAUGGGCAUAUUCUGGUGAUCACUGGGAAGAAGGUAACCAAGAUUCCACUAAAUGGACCAGGAUGUUCUCACUUCAGCACCUGUGGUCAAUGCCUUCUAGCCCCUUCUUUUAUGAACUGUGGAUGGUGUGGCAAUCAGUGUGUGAGGCCACAUGAAUGUCAUAUAGGAGGAUGGACACCAAACAUAUGUUUACCUAAAAUCUCUGAGAUUAUUCCAAAAAGUGCUGCUUUUGAUGCUUCAACAAGACUGACACUGUGUGGGUCGGAUUUUGGAUUCAGUAAAAAUAAUAAACCCAGUUUUAAAAAAAUAGCAGUCUUUGUUGGGGGACAGCGAUGCAUUGUGGAUGGCAGGGCUAGUGACAAAAACAAAUUGGAAUGCAGGCUUGACCCUGUAAGGAACACAAGUUUUAAUGUUUCAAGCAGUGUUUCAAAUGGACAAGCUAAUACCUCUUUCAAUACAUUUUCUUAUGUGGAUCCAAGAAUAAGGCAUAUUUCUCCUAACUAUGGUCCAAGAUCUGGCGGAACAUUGUUGACAUUAACUGGGGAUUAUUUAAACAGCGGUAAUUCACAAGAAAUUUCUAUCUGCAAAAAGCAGUGCAGCCUAACCAGUGUGACUGCUAAUACCAUAGAAUGUUACAGUCCUUUUCAAAGAGAAACAUUGGAAUGCCUUGUUGAAAUGAAAAUUGAUUCGGCCAGUCGGUCAGCAGGUCAUUUUACCUACAGAGAAGACCCUGCUGUUUCUAAAAUUUAUCCAGUAAAAUCUUUCCUUAGCGGUGGAAGUACAAUUACAGCUCAAGGGAUAAAUCUGAAUUCAGCAUUCUCUCCAAAGAUGUUGGUAACAGUCCCAAAAAUAGGCAAAAACUUCAGUGUGGCAUGUGACCGUCGUUCAGAUUCUGAAAUAAUCUGUUGUACAACUCCUUCACUGAAAGCCUAUGAGCUGAUGCUGCCUUUUGUGUCAAAAGUGUUUUUCAUUUUUGAUGGUGUCACUUCAUCUGGUUUUAAUUUUGAUUAUGUGAAUGACCCUGACUUUACCAUUUCUGAAACACCAUUGUUGAUUUCCAAGGGAAGUCAGAAUGUAAUAAUUAAGGGAAGUAACAUUGACUCUGAAGCUGUUAAAGGCGAAGUAUUAAAAGUUGGAAACAAGAGUUGUGAGAACAUCACCUUGAAGUUGCAGUCUGUUUCUUGUACCAUUCCUAAGGAGCUGCUCAAAACCAACCAUGAAUUAAAUAUAGUGUGGAAAAAAGAAAUUUCAUCAACAGUUAUUGGGAAAGUAAUGAUUCAACCAGACUCAAAUUUCACAGGACUCAUUGCAGGCAUUGUUGCAACAACAUUUUUUCUCUUGCUGCUAGCGUUUGGAUUUCUCUUUUGGAGAAAAAAGAGAAAGCAAAUCAAAGAUUUAGGUGGAGAGAUUGUUCGCUAUGAUGGAAGAGUACACACUCCUCAUUUGGACAGGCUUGUGAGUGCAAGGAGUGUAAGCCCUACGACUGAAUUAGUGUCAAGUGAAUCUGUAGACUAUAGAUCAACUUUUUUGGAAGAUCAGUUUCCAACUUUAUCUCAUAAUGGAUCUUGCAGGCCAAACCAAUAUCCUCACAUGGACCUAUCUCCCAUUCUGUCUACUGGAGACUCCGAUUUAGCUAGUCCAUUGUUACAGACUAAUGUUCACAUUGAUAUCAAUGCCUUAAAUCCAGAUCUGGUCAAAGAAGUUGAGCAUGUUGUUAUUGGUGCUGAUAAUAUGAUUGUUCACUUCAGUGAAGUAAUAGGAAGAGGGCAUUUUGGAUGUGUUUAUCAUGGAACUUUAUUGGAUACCGAUGGCAAGAAAAUUCAUUGUGCUGUGAAAUCCUUGAACAGAAUUACAGAUUUGGAUGAAGUAGCUCAAUUCUUAAAAGAAGGAAUUAUAAUGAAGGAUUUCACUCAUCCCAAUGUCCUGUCACUACUUGGAAUUUGCUUGCCUAACGAAGGUUCUCCUUUGGUGGUGCUUCCCUAUAUGAAACAUGGAGAUCUUCGGAACUUCAUUAGAAAUGAAUCUCAUAAUCCAACAGUGAAGGAUCUGAUUGGAUUUGGUCUGCAAGUAGCAAAAGGGAUGAAAUACCUUGCAAGCAAAAAGUUUGUCCAUAGAGAUUUAGCAGCAAGAAAUUGUAUGCUGGAUGAAAAUUUCAUAGUCAAGGUUGCUGAUUUUGGACUUGCGAGAGAUGUAUAUGAUAAGGAGUACUACAGUGUACAUAAUAAAACAGGAGCAAAAUUGCCAGUAAAAUGGAUGGCUUUAGAAAGUUUGCAAACCCAGAAAUUCACUACAAAGUCAGAUGUGUGGUCCUUUGGUGUUUUACUCUGGGAGCUGAUGACAAGAGGCGCACCACCUUAUCCUGAUAUCAACUCUUUUGAUAUUACCGUUUACUUACUACAAGGAAGGAGGCUCUUGCAGCCUGAAUACUGUCCUGAUCCACUAUAUGAAGUCAUGCUCAAGUGCUGGCAUCCAAAGCCUGAACUACGGCCAGCCUUUUCUGAGUUAGUUUCAGAUAUAUCCAUGAUCUUCUCCACUUUUAUUGGGGAACAUUAUGUUCAUGUGAAUGCCACCUACGUCAAUGUGAAAUGUGUCACACCAUAUCCGUCUCUGCUGUCAUCACAAGAUAAUAUAGAUAGAAAUGCAGAUACAUGAUGAAGUUCAUUAAACUCUGCUAAAGGGGACAGGGCAUAAAUAAUGGCCAACUACUUUUUAAGUGUUUUUCUGUGUGUGAAACCACUGCAUAUGUGUAUAUGUUGUUAAAAUUGCACUAUUUUGAGGAGGCAACUCAAGUUGUUGAACUCUACAAGGUAAAUGUAUUGUUCGGAUAUAAUUUUCAUGUGAGGUGGGCAAU